CAAGCCAACUUAUAGAAAUAAUCAAACUCAUAAUCAACACAUUUGUAUUUGGAUUAAAAAUGGUUUCUUUAAUUCUAACCCUUAUCAUCCCUACAUUAUUUUUGGUUGUCUAUUCUCUUAUAAAACUUUCAUAUUCUAUUUGGUGGAAACCAAAAUGGCUAGAAAAGCAACUAAAACUGCAAGGUAUAAAAGGCACCCCUUAUAACCUUCUUAUUGGAGACAUGAAAGAAUGGAUGAAGCAAGUCCAGGAUGCUUGGUCUACACCCAUCAAUCUUAAUCACCAGAUCGCCGCUCGGGUCGAUCCAUUCACAAAUAGUAUUGUUCAGAAGUAUGGGAAGGUAUCCAUGUGUUGGGGAGGGGCCACACCCAGACUGAUAAUCAAGGAUGCAGAAAUGAUGAAACAAGUGCUAAGUAACAAGCAAGGACACUUCCGAAAGCCAUACUUAAGCCCUCUACUACUAGUCUUAACCAAAGGUCUUACCACUUUGGAGGGUCAAAAGUGGGCACAACAUAGGAAAAUCAUCAAUCCCGCUUUUCACAUUGAGAAGCUUAAGAACAUGGUACCUGCUAUGGUUGCUACAUGUGGCGAGUUCGUCGAAAGAUGGAAGAAUUUGGCUACUGCUGAGGGAUGUUGUGAAGUUGAUAUCUGGCCUGAGUUUCAGAAUCUAACAGCAGAUGUGAUUUCAAGGACAGCUUUUGCUAGCAACUAUAAAGAAGGUACCCAAAUUUUCAAGCUUCAGAAGGAGCUUGUGGAGCUAGUGAUACAAGUCAUGCAGACCUUAUGGAUCAACAUACCUGGUUUUAGGUAUAUCCCUACUAAGAAGAAUCAAAGAAGAAAAGAACUAUCUAGAAUCAUUACAUCUAACCUAAGAGAUGUGAUCAAGAAAAAAGAGAGUGCUGUCAAAGCUGGAGAAGGAACAAAUGACUUGCUAGGACUACUUUUGCAGUCUAAUCAAGACUAUAUUCAAGAAGAGAACUCAACACUUACUAAAAAUAGUGGGUUAACUAUUGAAGAAGUGAUUCAAGAGUCCAAGCAAUUCUACUUAGCCGGCCAAGAAACAACCGCGAGCUUGCUUACUUGGGCGGUGAUAGUAUUAGCUAUGCAUCAAGAUUGGCAAGACAAAGCAAGACAAGAAGUUAUACGCGUGUUUGGAUCGAACAACAUAGAUUACGAAGCAAUCAGUUGUCUUAACACUGUUAAUAUGAUACUUAUGGAGGUUCUAAGGUUAUACCCGCCUGUGAUAGCUCAAUACCAACACACUUACAAGGACACGAAACUAGGAGAACUCUCGAUUCCAGCCGGGGUGGAUAUCACCCUUCCUACACUACUAAUCCAUCAUGAUCCUGAUAUAUGGGGUGAAGAUGUGUAUGAGUUCAAACCAGAGAGAUUCUCAAAAGGGAUAUCAAAUGCAUCCAAGGAUCAUUUUGCAUUUUUCCCAUUUGGGUAUGGUCCAAGGACUUGUGUAGGGCAAAAUUUUGCUUUUAUUGAAGCUAAGGUGACAUUGUCUAUGCUUCUACUUAACUUCACAUUUCGGCUAUCCCCAUCUUAUCGUCAUGCUCCUCACACUGUUAUGAUGCUUCAACCGCAACAUGGAGCAGAUAUUAUACUGCAAACUCUUAAGUAGUUGCAUCUUUGUGAUUGGGGCGGAACCAAAAUAAAUAAAUAAAUAAAUGAAUAAGUAAUGUCGAUAAUUUAAGCUGUAAUUGUGAUCACUCUAGGAAGGAUAUAAUAUAUGUAAUAUGUGUGUAUUAAUAAAGUUAUAAUUGUCAUGCUUUUUCUUUAGGAAUCAAUUAUAUAUGUAUUUUAUGGACGAAUUUUGCAAUCCUUAUAUCAGUAGCUAGU